UCAAUAUAAAAUAUCAGCAAUCAAUAAUUGGAUUCAUCUACGUAUUAGGAAAUCUCCUCUAAAACUCCUUCAGAUCUGACUCCCAGGUAGAUCGGCUCCUCUCUCCUCCUUCAGAUCCGACUCCAAACGGAUUCUAGGGCUAGGGUUUUCACCGUUCUCCCUCGAAUCUCGUCGUCGAGUCCGCCCUCGAAGCUCGUCGACCCUCCUUCCCCGACUGUAUUCCAUCUCGAGUCAUCAAAAAUCUUCAUUUAAUUGUCAGAGGUGAACUCUCUCAUCUAUACUACCUAAUCCGGCUCAAUGUUUUUCUCUGUGGCAAGCGAAAUAUUGUUAAUUGAAUGUUCGCGAAUAGGUACCGAACAUGCACACAACUAACCGAAGCGUAUUCGAAUUCUGAAUAUUAUUCGAGUCGAAUCCGAACACGAAUACCAGUAGUGCUAUUUGAGCCGAAUUCAGGUUCGAAUAAGGCACGCACUAUUCGUUCAGAUUGGACUCGUUUCCACCCCUAGAAGGAACAACCUUGCGCUAUGGGGAGAUCUCUUCCUCCGAUGUCAUCAGCUUUAUUUUCCCUUCUCCUCCUCCUGAUUGCAACCGCAAUCCCUUGCGACGCAUUUUAUCUUCCCGGGAGUUACAUGCAUACGUACUCUCAAGGCGAGGCCAUAUCGGUUAAGGUGAAUUCCCUCACCUCGAUUGAGACGGAGCUCCCAUUCAGUUACUACAGUCUCCCCUACUGCCAACCCAAAGGUGGGAUCAAGAAGAGCGCUGAGAACCUUGGGGAGCUUUUGAUGGGGGACCAGAUAGAUAACUCCCCCUACAGAUUCCGUGUGAACGUCAACGAAUCACUCUACCUAUGCACUACCAACCCUUUGACCGAGCUCGAUGCCAAGCUCUUGAAACAGAGAACCCGCGAUCUCUACCAGGUUAACAUGAUUCUCGACAACCUGCCCGCGAUGAGGUUUACCCAGCAAAAUGGUGUCACUAUCCAGUGGACCGGAUUCCCCGUUGGGUAUACUCCAGCUACCGGCAGCUCUGAGGAUUACGUCAUCAACCAUUUGAAGUUCAAGGUCUUGGUUCAUGAGUACGAGGGAAGCGGCGUGGAGAUUCUUGGUACCGGCGAAGAAGGAUUGGCUGUGAUCUCAGAGACUGACAAGAAGAAGAUGUCUGGUUACGAGAUAGUUGGAUUCGAGGUUGUUCCCUGCAGUGUGAAGAGAGAUUCUGAGGCCAUGUCGAAACUCAAUAUGUAUGACAAGAUCGAUCCUGUGAGCUGCCCCUUGCAGCUCGACAGGUGCCAGUUGAUUCGGGAGCAAGAAAGAAUCACAUUCACCUACGAGGUGGAGUUUGUGAAGAGUGACAUUAGGUGGCCUUCUCGAUGGGAUGCUUACUUGAAGAUGGAGGGUUCGAGGGUACACUGGUUCUCGAUACUCAACUCUCUGAUGGUUAUCUUCUUCCUGGCCGGGAUCGUCUUCGUCAUAUUCUUGAGGACCGUCCGCAGGGACCUGACAAGGUACGAGGAGCUGGAUAAAGAAGCACAGGCACAGAUGAACGAGGAGCUGUCAGGGUGGAAGCUUGUUGUGGGUGACGUUUUCAGGGAGCCCACCAACUCAAAACUCCUCUGUGUUAUGAUCGGCGAUGGGGUUCAGAUUUUAGGGAUGGCCGGGGUCACUAUUGUCUUUGCGGCUCUUGGGUUCAUGUCGCCAGCGUCCCGAGGCAUGCUUUUGACUGGGAUGAUCAUCCUCUAUCUCUUCCUUGGGAUCAUCGCUGGCUAUGCUGGCGUUCGCUUGUGGAGGACAAUCAAACAAAGUUCAGACGGUUGGAGAGGAGUUGCUUGGUCCAUUGCUUGCUUCUUCCCGGGGAUUGUAUUUGUCAUCCUAACCGUGUUAAAUUUCUUACUUUGGGGGAGCAAGAGCACGGGGGCCAUUCCCAUCUCACUGUACUUCAUUCUUCUAGCCCUUUGGUUCUGCAUUUCAGUGCCCCUCACCCUUUUGGGAGGAUUCAUCGGCACUCGGUCUGAGCCCAUCCAACUCCCAGUCCGGACCAAUCAGAUCCCGAGAGAAAUUCCAGCUCGGAAAUAUCCUUCUUGGCUUCUCGUUCUUGGAGCUGGAACUCUCCCCUUCGGAACUCUCUUCAUCGAACUCUUCUUCAUUCUGUCGAGUAUUUGGCUGGGGAGGUUCUACUACGUGUUCGGCUUCCUCUUUGUGGUCCUUAUGUUGCUCAUCAUUGUUUGUGCUGAAGUGUCUGUGGUACUGACUUACAUGCAUCUGUGUGUGGAGGACUGGAGGUGGUGGUGGAAGGCUUUCUUUGCUUCAGGCUCAGUAGCUCUGUACGUGUUCCUUUACUCCAUCAAUUACUUGGUAUUUGAUCUCAGGAGCUUGAGUGGGCCUGUAUCGGCUGCUCUCUACCUAGGGUAUUCCCUCAUCAUGGCGUUCGCUAUCAUGUUAUCCACUGGCACCAUCGGGUUCUUGAUUUCGUUCUACUUCGUUCACUACCUCUUCUCGUCCGUCAAGAUCGACUAGAAGAUUGCUUUUUCAUUCCGCUGCAGUGGCUUCACAGAUAUCUUUGGCUCACAAAUUUCAUUCUAAAGUUUCUGGUUGCAGAUAAACGACACUGUGGUACGACAAAGUUUAACCCGUCUUAUUCUCAUGUUCUUCAAGAACAUGCUUUUAAUAUGCCUUUUAAGCUUUGUUAGAUCUAAGCUGGUAGCACUUUUUGUUUCAGUUACUUUGUUGUCUUUCUUUUUAUUGAGACCUCUGUCAGGCUCGCUUUACUUCAUAGCUUUUUUUUUUAUGUUUGUAAUGGAUGAUCUAUCAGUUGGAUUUCACUUUAAAUGUUUAAAUUUCACAGAUCCUCACGCUACU